GUAAACAUUCAAUUCAGAUUCAGAUGAGUGAUAAUCGUCGUUUCAUUCUCUGUAAAUAGAAUCAAAAUUAUUAAUGGUAUAUAAUGGUAUUUUAAUUUGAAUUGAAUUGAAUUGAUUGAAUAAAUAGAUUCAACUCCGUAUCGUAAUCGUAAAUAAUAAUAUAUUUAUUGUAUUCAACAAUGGUCGAUAUAAAUAUUCUGUCUGAUAAUCAUUUCGGUAUACUACCAUCUUAUCAGGAUACUUGUUGUCAAAUAACCAACGAUUAUCUGGGAAAUAUUGAUGAAAGUGAUUUAAUCACAUUCACGGAUAAUGAUACAUUCGAUACAUCACCGCCAUCGGAUCAAUAUUUCAUUGAUACACCACCCGAAACACCAGUUAAUAAUCAUACCUGUUCCAUUACUAGCAACGGAAACGAUAUUCUCAAUAAUAAUUUUAGCACCAUCAAUACUGUGUUAUUCGGUGAAAAUGUGCUGGAUUUCAAUCAAAAUUUUAAUGAAAUCAACAAACAUUCACCAUCAAUAAAUCAUCAAAGCGAUAGUGACAAUAGUAACAACACUUCAAUCACCACGAAUACAACGAUUCCAUUGACCAUUACUUGUCCUACGAUUCUAUGUUCAAACGAAACCGAUACAGUAUCAUCAUUGUCAUCAUCCUCAUUCAUAGUAAAUGGCUAUAAUCGUGUGUUUGAUAGUAAAAUAUCUAAUGGUCAUCAUAAUAAUAUUCAACCGAAAACUAUAUUACCUAGCAAAGUUUCUAAUCACAGACUGAAAGAACGUGACAAUUUACAUAAACAAAAAAUUGAAGCACGUAAAUUACGUAAUCGAGAAGCUGCAUUAAAUUCUCGGCUAAAAAAGAAAGAAUAUCUGGACAAUUUAGAAUCGCAAGUCAAACGAUUGGGCAAAGAAAAUACCGAUCUAAUGCUAGAGAAUGCAUUGUUGAAGCAGAAAAUUGUUGAUCUAGAACAGGAAAUCGGAAAAUUCAGACUUUUAGAUGCGAAUGGCAAUUUUACAGAUGCAGCGAGCAGCAGAAAAAAGGCUAAAAUUAGCUUCUUUGCCGUUGCAUUCAUGUUCCUGUUUCAGAUUUCACCAUAUCUGAUGUCAAUAUCGCCUGGAAAUGAACGUGCAAAUGAAAACACUGCUCCAGUCGUUUUUUCAAAUAAAAAUUUCACAGUCAAAUCAUUUGAAGCCAAUAAGAAUCAUCAUUUUUCACGAACACUGCUUUGGAAAACGGAAGAAACUGAUAAUUAUUUCCAGAAAUUGUCAACCAAUUAUAAUUCAAGCAAUUUAGACACUUUUUAUCCGAAUCAAACAAAUGUUGGCGGCUGUGAAGAUUAUUAUAAUCGAACUGAGCUAAUAAGAUUGGAGAAUGAACUUCGUGGAUGGCUCACACGAUUCAAACUGGAAGAGAAUGAAUCUCGCCGUCGUCAACAUUCAACAUCGAAAUCAAAGAAAAAACUAUUAUACGAUCUUAAACAUGUACCGAUACCAAGACUGAAACUUUGGAUGCAAAAACAACGUUACAUGGACUAUCUGAAUGAAGAAUUAGAUCAUUCUUUCGAUGAUCCAUUCGUGCCAUAUGAUCUGGAGAAUUUAAUGUCAACCAUACAUAGACGUGAUGAUACAUUCUAUUAUCUAUCCUAUCCAUCAAAAGGUCAUUUAAUUCUGCCACCAAUGUCCAAUCGAACAGAUAUUCGACCUCGUUUCAGUUUUCUCAUACCAACAGCAUAUAAUUUUAGCCAACAACGAAAUAAUUCCAACAACACUGAUAGUAAUGGCCAAAAUCAAACGGAGACUGGAUUAACAUUGCCUAAUCAUCAUUUACAUAUGCUACAAAUUGAUUGUCAAGUCAUUAAUACUAAAGUAUCCUUGAUCAAUAUGAAUCACCAUCAUCCAUAUGGAAGUGCACAUUCGAAACGUAAAAUUCGAUCUUCAUCAACAUCAACGAAACCGAGCAUUAUUAAUCAAUUUAUGAAUAAACCAUAAUGAAAGAGAAAAAGCUUUAUUUACCAAUUUUUUUUGUUUGUAGUUUUUUUCAAUAUAAAAAAGCAAUCCAUAAAAUAAAUCCAUAAUUCAACCAUUCA